AUGGAGGCAACAGGAUCCAUGCCGACGGGUAUGUCACCAAUGGCUUUCCCGACAACCAUGGGUAUGAACCCUUCGAAUACAACAGGGCAAAUGCCCGGGAUGCCUGCGAUGACAUCAAUGCCCGGCAUGAUGGGUUCGUCUUGCAAGAUUGAUAUGUUAUGGAAUUGGUACACAAUCGAUGCCUGCUUCCUCGCGCAUUCCUGGCAAAUCAAAUCGCGCGGUAUGUUCGCUGGCUCUUGCAUCGGUGUCAUCUGCCUCGUUCUGUGCUUGGAAGCUCUCCGUCGUUUGGGUAGGGAAUAUGAUGCUUUUAUCCUACGCCGAGCACGCCAACGUCGCAUGUAUCUGCAUGAGAGUACCCUCGAGGGAAAUGCUGAGGAUCCGACGACCAAGAAACUCCCCGGAAACGGUGCUUUUGGAGCAAGCCUGCUCCCAAAGACGGGGGAGAAUGGCUGUCACCAAGCAGCAGCAGAAUCAAGACCAGCAGUGGAUCAACAGGAUCCUAUUCUUCCGUCUCCUGGAUCAUCAAACGAGAAUACCUCUGGUGAACCCCAGAUCACUGCUACUGCCGUUGCCAAUCGAGCAGACCAAUCACUCGAUCCGAGCCAUAAAAGCCCCUGGUUCUCUGUCUUUCCUAAGCCUAAACCAGUGAAUCAGCAGCAGUGGGAAAAUGGUGUCCCCGCGUCCCCUCGCGUGGCCUGUUUUCCUUCGCAGGACAUCCGUCACCGUCCGUCACCCAUCGAGCAAGUGGUGCGUGCCUUGCUCCACACCUUUCAGUUUGGCGUGGCCUACAUUGUAAUGCUACUUGCAAUGUAUUACAACGGAUACAUUAUCAUUUGCAUCUUCCUGGGCGCAUUUCUGGGGUCUUUGAUCUUUUCAUGGGAAUAUGUGUCUUUGGACAAGCAGUAA